UACAUAUUGAAAACUACAAUUUAUUCUACAUAAAAGAUGUCUCUACGAUUGCGGUUAAUAGGUCCAUAUGUGUCCGAAGGACUGCGGGCUGCAGCGAUCAUGAGCGCUGGUGAUAUUCUGGCACAGACAGUGGUGGAGAAAAAACAAAUGAAAGAUAUCGAUGUGAUUCGCACCAUGAAAUAUGGAUCAUUGGGAAUGUUAUUUGUUGGGCCCGUAUUAAAAUAUUGGUUUGGACUACUGGAUCGGACCAUAAGAGGAAAGCAGGGUAGUGUCUCACGUACAUUGAAAAAGAUGGCAGUUGAUCAGACCAUAAUGGCUCCAGCAUUAAACUUUACCAUUGCCGGAUUAGUGGGACUCAUCAACAGUGAAGAGCCACGACAGAUUAUGGAACGCAUUAAAGUCCAAUAUCCGGAUAUAAUGAAAACAAAUUAUAUGAUAUGGCCAGCUGUUCAAAUUAUAAACUUUGGCCUGGUGCCACUCAGAUACCAAGUAGUGUUUGUACAAACGAUAGCUGUGUUUUGGAAUUGUUUCGUUUCUCAAAUGCUUAAUGAAAAGUUAAGUAAAUCUCUGGAUGAAGUUGCUGAAGAACAAACAUCAACAAGUCUACAAAGUAAUUGAGCUGUGAUAUAUGGAUAGAUUGGGAGUUAGUUGCAGAUUUAUAUUUUAAAUACAAAAACUUUUUAGUUGAUUAAGUAUAACUAUUUCUUACACCAUUGUCGAUUA